UUUACUUUCUUGGCUCAGCUCUGUUUUUACAUUAGUGGUUUGUUAUCUUCCCCAAAAGUAUUGAUCCCCUAAUGAGUAGAGGGCAGUAUGAACAUAUGAAACAAAGGCUUUCACAUAAAUAAUAAAAUGCUGGCUGCAAAUUACUAUAAUUCUCAAAUGUAAGACGGGACAUUAAACCGUUGUGUAAAAGUAAAUUAUGGGUACCUAAUGUCAAGUAACUGUUUUCAUGCGGCGUGUUUCCAUGGUGACGCGGUGACUCGGUCAGCUGGAGCCGAGCCUCGGAUGUCUAGUCAGUCCCGAGUUUCCCUUAUUCACGUUCUCUAAGCGGGCUGCGUCUCCAUGUUGAAUGGCUGCUCCAACGUGAUGACUUUCCGGGUUAAUGCGUCGCUACCCGCCACAGAUGCUCUGGCGUCGGACGGGAUCUCGCGUUACAGUCCGCACGGCCCUGAUGCGGCUAAAUAUCUACCGUACAGAAACUCCGGGAUGCGAGCUGGCGGAGGGCAGUGUAGUAACGGGAGGAGGAAAAUGCCGGUCAUACAACCCCUGAGCAAGCCCAGGGACUGGAGAACCUUGCUGGGCGGCUUUAUACUCGGAGGGUCACCUAACUUGGCCAGUGAGGUCAGACUGGAACCGGAUAACAAUGACUCGAAUGUGGACAUCUGUGGGAGACACUUCCUUUUUGAUGAUCCGUGUGCACGGUUAGAAAGGACCAGAACUGUGAUUCCUCAGCUGUCAAGAAACUACCAUGUGCACAGACCUGGCAACCUGCAUCCCUGCAGCCUCUCCAAGGAGCUUUCCCACAGCCAUUCAGGGCGGCCUUUCACCCUGGGCUACCAUAAAAGAUAUGAAGUGAAUACGACUCCAGCUCUCUUCUUUCCCUCCACUUUAGUCCUCAAUGGCAGAAACACCUUCACAGUGGAAAACUGCAAGCUCAGCAGCUGUGCCCCGUCUGCUUUCCCUCUCUUCAGCAGGCCUUCGGUGAAGUAUCCCACCAACCCCAACCUCCUGAGCGUUAAAGACUAUGAAAAGAGCCAGUCCUAUCCAGACCCGGUGGUCGGAGCCUCUCGCUCUUUUAUCCACAGGGCAUUUGAGCUGUCUUCUUUAGAGGGGGAGACAGUGAGACAAGAAAAGCUCAAGAGAAUGAGGAAACCUAAAAAAACUCCAUCCUGACAAUCACCGUCUUCCCGGUCACACUGUUCAAGGAUCAGAACUUUUGAGUCUGUGCCAACAACAUCUGAAGGAAAUAAAACAUUUGGAGCGCCGUGGUCAUCUCAGUGUCUUGCUGUGACUGCUUGUUUGUCCUCAGUGGUUUUCAUUUCCUGCCUAACAUGGCUGCUCUUCACAUUUUGGGAUUCUUGACCUCAGUUAUCUCUAUUAUUUACAGUAUUUACUGUGGUAAAUUGCAGACGUUGCUAUACACACAUGGUGCUGAUGAAUAUGUUCUAUUCUGACUCACAGCUGUUAGUAUCAUACCACUCAACACGGAUGAAAAGAUUAUUUUAUCUUUCUCAUGGCUUGUAAUGGCUGUUAUGUAAUACUGCCAUAUUUCUCUAUCAUGCAUAUGUUGCAGAUGCUGCCAGGCUUGGAUCGCAAUACAACAGUGUUUCAAACAUUGCAGUUAUAUUACAAAUUAAGCUUUGUUAAGUAAUUGGAAUAUCUAUGUACGUAUUAAAUAGCUUAGCAAAAUAUUUGUUGUGCCUUGUUAAAUGUCUUCCUGAAUUAAAUACACGUCUUUUUCUUAUUGUU